UGCAACUGAAGCAAGCCAUAAACCGAAAUAACAACACUUCGGAUUCCAACGUAGACAACGCAUAAACAAUUUAAUUUUUUUGAAGUAAUCCCUGAAACGUUAGUGUUAUGUCGAUAAAACAAGAAGCAAUAGCCGCUGAAAAAUUGCAGGCAAUCGAGGAGGAUAAUAAUAGUGAAAUAGCAUCGAGUAAAUCGAAUCGAAAGAGACAGUUUACAUUGAUAGAACCAGCAUUGUUUCUAAAUUACAUAGCGACAGCGAUGGCCGGUGCUGUGUUACAAAAUCAAGAACUCUACCAAACUUGUGUUGCCGUUUUCGAUUACGAUAAAGAAUUGUGCGAACCUAUGUUGGGAGUUAUACCCAAAAACGCGUCAUCACAAGCCAUCGAAACCCAAGUGCAACCCUAUGUGGCCAGGAUUAUUAUGGCGAGUUCUCUGAUUAACAGCGUUUUGCCCGCAUUCCUCAGUUUAUUUAUUGGAGCUUGGUCUGAUAAAUUUGGACGUAGACCUAUAUUUGUAGUAACCUAUGCAGCGGCAUUUCUCGGACAUCUUAUAACGUCAAUAUUAGCGGGUAUAUCUAUGGCGACACCGAUAAAUCCUUGGGUCUACAUUAUAUCACACAUACCACUUGCACUAACUGGUGGCACCUGUGCCUUGAUAGCGAUGGCAUUUUGUCUCGUUUCCGAUGUGAGUGAUGAGGGUAGCAGAGCUAGACGCCUGUUCUUGGUCGAGGGUACUAUGGCUAUUGGUAUGCUGGUUGGUAAUUUGAUAGCCAGUUCCAUACUGGCCGCAACUGGUACUAUCGGGGUAUUCGUAAUUGCUGCGAGUAUGGAUUUGGUAGCCUUCCUUUAUAUCGCCAUCUUUAUAACGGAAAGUUUGAACAUAAAACUUGAAAGAACUAAGUCGCAUGUACGUGAGUUCUUCAAAUUCGAUUUGAUUAAGGAUCUGGUUAAAACUUGCCUGAAACGCAGACCGCACUAUGAUCGCUGUAUCAUUUGGUGUAUUAUGUUCGCCUUAAUUUCGACAACCUUUGUGCAGCAGGGUGAAGCGAAUGUACUUUAUCUGUUUCUGCGCAACAAAUUCAAUCUCACGCUGCAAGAAUUCACCACUUUCACCGCGAUCGGCAUUGGUAUCAAAAUGAUUGGUUGUGCCAUCAUUUUGUUACUAUUAUUUGUGGUAUUCAGCGUGCCUUUAACUGUGGUGGCUAUACUUGGCUUCUUGGGUAGCUUCGCCGACAGUCUAAUACGCGCUUUGGCUGAAAAAUUUUGGCAGAUGUAUGUGGCCGCUUUUGCGGGCUUCAUGGGAGGCAUUAACAGCCCCAUGUUGCAAGCGGUACUUGCGGGUUUGGUGGAUCGCACAGAAAUCGGCAAAGUAUAUGCGGUAAUUACGUCACUGCAAACACUAUCACCUUUGGCGUCGGCGCCAGUCUACACCGGUAUUUACAACGCGACAUUGGUAUCAUCUCCUGGCGCCUUCUACUUUCUCAGCGCUGGUAUCUAUGUCGCAAGCUUUUUGCUUAUAACGAUUUCAUACAUUAUGCAGCGUAAGAGUAGUAACAGAGCAACCACGGCCAAUGAGGCAGCUUAAUGACUGGCAGGCCAGAUGUAUAUGUACCUAAAUACUUUUUCGAAAUUCGAAAACCAAGAAAUAUAUCAACGUUAAUUCAUAUAUGGCUUAAUAAUGAGAGCACCUGUGUUUUAUGUUUGAGUAUUGUUAAAGCGAAAAAGUUACAAAUACAUGUAUAGUAAAAUUGCA